UAGUGCCUCGAACAGGUGACAAGUGCCUCCAACGAGUGGCUGGGAAACAUCGGAGCAGAUAUCAUUACCAAGAAUGAGAUCAACACACGUCUUCUUAAUUCUAAUAAUCCUUGGUUCUUCCCUCGGUGCUGAGGGACAAACUGAAGACUGCCUGGAAUACUCAUUGCCGGGGGACAAUCAACAAGUGGCUGUCAAUGACUUGGUACUACUGAUGGAAAUCCGCCCUUACCAACCAAUCGUCAACUCAACUUUAACGGAGGAGAAAAACGAAGUGAAAGUUAGCUCAAGUUCGCCCACUCCUCCCGGGAGAAUUCCCUCCAGCCCAAGCCGAGGGUCUUCUCCCUGGAAAGCGACGGCAUUCAUUGAGGAUUCCAGAGGCAGCUGGUGUAACAUGACCAUUUCCGAAAGUUCCAUUAAGGUCUUCUGUUCCAGCGGUGCCUCUGGAAAUCACAGUAGUAACUCAGAAACUCUUUUUCCCAUAGGACAGUGGAAAAAAAUUCUCCUUCAAUUUAAUGCACAGAUGACCAGCACUGGAAGAUCAAAUGAAACAAACAUAACAGAAGUUCGUAAAUCAGGAACAGCUGAAAUGUCAUCUUCAUUCAGCGUUGGAUUACAGGGGCUUAAAGAUCACGUCUUCGUAGUCGAAGAAGCGAACAUCUCGCUACCUUUAACCUUACGAUGGGAAAAUGUCCAUUCAGGUCUGAAAGUGAUCUACAACUGCUGGAAUGGCUGCGUCCGGUCAACAAGACUGGAUAAAACACCAGGAAGUCGCCCCUUUUAUCUGCUGAAACUUAAAGACUUCCAAGGGAUCAACAUUACUUUCACAGUCUUAGGCGAAAUAACGCGAUAUCAAAUCCUCACGUCAGAAGACUUCGGCUCUUACGACAUGCGUCGGUGGAUUCCGGUGUCCUUAAGAAGAGAGUCUACUUCUCUUAAGGUAUUCCUAGGCUAUAACGAAAUAAAGGAUAUAACCAACAUCACUUCAACUAUUCUCACCAGUAUGGAGGUUGUUCUCUUAGGAGGCGGGAGCAUAACAUGGUGUGAUCUGACUUCUGCUCCUUCUAACGCCCUGCUCAUCAUAGUUUGGACCGUCGUCGCCGGAUUCUUCCUUCUGGCCACCUACUCCGUAUGGACAACGAUCAAAGCGCAUAAAAUUCUCAAGGAAUGGAAAGAAAAUAAGGACUUGGGAGUUAAGAUACAAUUUCUGCCACCUCUUGAAAUCGUAGAUGAUAAUAACUUGAUGACUCGCCGCUCGGAGUUGACAGCACGAAGGAUCCAAUAUGAGUCCGUUAAUAGUACCUAUGACUCUACCUCGCUAUUGGGAGAAUCUACAGAAACUAAGGCCAUUACGAACAGAGUCAAUAAUACAAACGACGCAUUCGUAACUGAUCCCAAUGAUACAUUGGCUCCUGAAGUUGAUAAUGCAAACAGCGCUUUCAUAGCUGAUCCCGAUGAUACAUUGGCCCCUGAGGAACAAAGAACUUCCUGCAUUGUCAUACCAGAAGCGGGCUCCGAUGAGGAUAUGAUCUUUGACUUCAUAAGCACCUGCAGCACGGACCUCCCCAUCGCAAUUAGCACCGAGAACAAUUUCGACUUGGACAGCACGUCCAGCAUAGAGCUGCCCAGAGCCAUCAGAGAGAGAGGUGACGAGAGAAGCAGCAGUUCGUCCAUUGAAACUGCGUCGUCGCCAAUGCUCAAUGAUGCCCAUUCUCACUUUGCCGCGAAUGUGAGAAAACGACUGCAGUUACCAGCGCUCUCCAACAUGCAGAGCACAGCCAGCGAAAGCGACCUGUUGAGUGACCCAAAAUCACUAGACGAAACGUCUCAAGAAUAAUAUAUCAUGCUUUGGGUACAGGCUAAUUUAUGCAUACACGCAUACCAUUGUGUAUAUUACAUUGCAUGUAAAUAGUUUUUUUUCAUUUUGCUCAUCGUAUUUGAUGGUGAAAAUGAAACUUUAAUUCAAUAGUAUUCGUCUGUCAUAACGAUUAGCAGGUUUUUGUAUAAAUAUA